AUGACUGAAGGUUCCAGAAGAGUCGCAGAUAGGAUAAGGGAGUGGUACAACUGGCUAACCACCCACGUACCAUCAUCCAUCAGGAAGGGCGUGUCCGACGCUUUUAACACCAUGAGGAAGAAGGUUGUAAAACUGUACAGUGGUAAAGAGGAAGAAGAAGACCAGUGGUACGACGCAAGGGAGAACUUUAGCGAUGAGGAUGAAAAGUGGUACGACGCCAAUCCUGAAGAGGACCUAAAACCCAUCCUAACCAAGCGUGGUAUAAAUAAGAAGGUAAAGAAGUAUGUCAUCAAUCCUAACGGAUCAUACGACCCGGUUCACUUCCUUGAUAUCACCAAGAACGAGGUUGAGGCGCUCAUAAAUUCCGAAACAGAACCGAGGAACGUAAGCAUGUCCCUAGCAUGCGAGAUGGUAAGGAACGAUCCAAAAACUGAGGAAGAGGUAUCCGUCGUCGCACACUUCAGAUCAAAAACCCACAAACUCACCGGUAUAGAUAACACGGAAGAGUCUUUUGACACCAUGAAGGAAAAAAUACUAAAAUCCUUUUCCGAAUACCAGAAGCGUGGUAGCGGGUGGAGGCUUCAUAGGGUAGAUCUGCUCGAAAUUCAUAUUGGAGAAUACCAACCGUUAAGGGGAAAGGGUUAUGAACCAUUAUCCGAGACAAUCAGGAAAAAGAAGGUGAUCAUCAAUAUUAAAAACGACGACGUUGAAUGUUUUAAGUGGGCUGUGACCCGCGCACUGAACCCGGUUGAAAAUAACCCUGAAAGAAUUUCAAACGAACUUAAGGAACAGUCCAGAAAGCUAGACUGGAAGGGAUAGAGUUCCCAACACCCCUAAGCAAUAUCAAAAAGUUUGAAAAGAAUAAUAACAUCGGUGUCAGCGUGUUCGGACUUGACGGACGCUAUUAGGUAUGUCCCUUACGGAUAUCCGGUAACACCAAUUCCAUAAACCUCUUCCUGUGGAAGAACCAUUCUAGUGUUAUUAAGAAUAUGUCAAGGUUUGUAGGCUCACAGAUCAACGAUCACGAACAUAAAGAACAUAUCUGCAACCGUUGCCUUAACGCAUUCGGAUCAAGCGGACUCUUGGAAAAGCAUCUGGAGUUAUUUUGGAACAAUAACUAUCAGAGGCACGAGUAUCCAGAACCAGGUACUACUACGGAGUUUAAAAAUUAUGAAAGAACACAAACCGUUCCGUUCUUCAUCUAUGCGGACUUCAAAUGCUACAUCGAAGGGAUGGACACGGUUGAGCAAAACCCUAACAGAUCAAGUACCACCCAAUACCAAAAGCACCGCCCCAGCGGAUUCAGUUACUACGUCAAGUGUUUCGACAAUUCCAUCUACAAACCCAAGCUGGUACACUAUACCCAACAGCACGAGGGAGAAGACGUUACCAAAAAGUUUGUGGAUAUAUAUGUUGGAAGAGGAAGCCCAUGAUAUAUACAACAGGUUCAAAUUCAAGGAACCUAUCAAGAUGCUUUUCAAAGAUACCGAAAAUUAUGAAAAGGCAACUGUCUGUUAUGCGUGCAGAAAGGAAUUCACUACGAAAGACCGCAAGGUUAGGGAUCACUGUCACUAUACGGGAGCGUACAGGGGUGCGGCACACAAUACGUGCAAUUUAAGAAUGAGAGGACCGAGAUUCAUUCCGGUACUUUUUCACAACCUUGAAGGAUACGAUGCUCAUCUAUUCAUUAAAUUAAGAACCUUGGGGUAAGUAGUGGAGACAUCAAAUGUAUUCCUAAAACGGAAGAGAAGUACAUUUCCUUUACUAAGGAGAUAGAGGUCUCUAGGUUUAUCAACGAAGACGGAAAGGAGAAGAAGGUUAAAAGAGAGCUAAGGUUCAUUGACUCAUUUAAAUUCAUGGCAAGCUCCCUGGACAAGCUCGUCAAGGGUUUGGGUAAGGACGACUUCAAAAAUUUAGAUUUGAUGUUAGGUCGUAACACUAAGGAACAGAGGGAGUUGCUUAAACAGAAGGGUGUUUACCCUUAUGAAUAUAUGGAUGGUUUUGAGAGGCUUGAAGAAACAUCGCUCCCGCCGAAGGAGAAAUUUUUCAGCAGGCUUAACAACGAAAACAUCAGCGAUAUGGAUUAUGAAAGAGCCUGGAACGUAUGGAAUACCUUCAACAUGAAAACCAUGAGGAACUAUCACGAUCGUACCUGA